UAAAUUUACUACAAAUUAAUAAACCAUGGAAUCUCCUCCACUACAGCAGAGCAUGGAAGGUUUUCCUUACUUGACAGGAGCCCCGACCAGUCUGCUGCCCAUCUCAUCGGAUUUUAUGGCUUCCUUACGCGCCUGCAAACUUCAAAUUUUAACUCGCAAUUCCAAAAUGUUGUUUCUCCCAAAUGCUCAGCGCUCUGUAAAAACCUGCUGCACUCUCAACCAUACAAAGACUAGUUUGGCAAAAGACGACGAGUUUGAAGAGUUGAAGAAAGAGAAGCUCGGUGAGGCGCAUUCUCCCGUUCUGUUGAAGGAGGUUUUGAAGGUCUUUGAAGCUCGUCCUCUGGGCUCUUUUGUAGAUUGUACUCUCGGAGCAGCCGGCCAUUCUUCCGCCAUUAUUAAAGCACAUCCUGAGCUACAAAUGUUCAUUGGGCUUGAUGUAGAUCCUGCAGCACAUGAGCAGGCAAAGCCCAAAUUACAGGCGAUCCUUGAUGAAGAUCAAAGUUCAGUGUCUUCAAAUUUGAAACUUAAUAUUGUUUGCAACAACUUUAAAGAGAUCAAGAGUGUUGUGGGACAAGUGGAUAAAACCCUAUUAGUGGAUGGAGUUGAUGGGAUCGUGAUGGACUUGGGCAUGUCAUCAAUGCAGUUAGACAAUGCAGAAAGGGGCUUUAGUGUGCUAUAUGAUGGACCACUUGAUAUGCGUAUGGAUCCUACAGCUCUUCUCAGAGCAGAAGAAAUAGUAAACACAUGGCCCGAAGCAGAGCUGGGACGCAUCUUACGUGAUUAUGGAGAAGAAAGUCGGUGGCGUAUAAUUCAGAGAAAGAUUGCAGAAGCUCGUCUAGCUGGUGGCAUACAUUCUACUUCCGAGUUGGUGGAGCUUGUGCGUAACAUUGCUUUCAAAUUUUCAGGAAGGCAAGGGUGGAUGAAGACAGCUAUUCGUGUCUUUCAAGCAUUGAGAAUUGCAGUAAAUGAUGAACUAACGACUUUAGAAAAUGCUCUUAGUGAGGCUUUCACAUGUCUGUCAUCAAAGGGAAGGCUUGCAGUUAUAUCCUUUCAUAGCUUGGAGGACAGAAUAGUAAAGCAGUCAUUUUUGAACAUCAUUAAUAAGGAUCCUUCUAAAAAAAAUGAUACAGAAUAUGAUGCAAAUUUUGUUCAUAUAUCUGGUAAGACCAGAUAUAAUAAAUACAGAAGAAAAAGAAUAACUCUAGAGGCUUCUAAUGAUGAUUCCUGUGAAGAAUGGAUGCAACACAUAGUAGAAGGCAAAUAUGGCAAGAUUCUAACAAAACGACCUAUAAUACCCAGUAAAGAAGAGGAAAAUGUAAACACGAGAUGUAGGAGUGCAAAGUUGAGAGUGCUGGAGAAAAAUUGAUGUAAAGUCUUGCACCUAUUUUUAGCUGGUUCUUUUCUAGUCAAAAUUCCCAAAGUAAAAUGGUUUCUUUUCCAAUCAAGUAUAUGGGGGGUAUAUCUUAUGCAGUUAUGGUUGUGGUUUCUGUAUUGAUAUUGGUUUUGAAUCGUUUAAUACUACAUAGAUUUUACAUUUUGCAUAA